AUGCACGAUUUUCAUUGUGUUUUGGUCAAUUUUUUUUUUUAUAUAGUGUAUUUGUUGAAAUAUGUAGUCCUUAUUGUUUAAAUUUGUUUAUCUUUAAUUUGGUUAGGUUCAUCAUACAUGGCUGGGAAACGCAAAAGGAAAGGGGGAAAUGAACCCGUAAAGAAGGAUGUCACCCCCGAGCCGAACGAUAAUGCGGUUGCUUGGAGAAAUUUCUUCAAUGCGAACUACAAAGCCCUUCGAGCAGCUGAGAAGGGAUUAACUGAGAAAGAGGCUACCGACAAAUUGAAAGUGCAAUAUAAAGGUUUCACCGACGAGGAGAAGUCUGAGUGGAGAAGCUAUGACCCUAACCCUAAUCCCGCUAAGAAGGCGGUGCAAACAAGGGGGAGGAAACCAAAGGCAGCUGAUGCCAAGGGGAAGAAAGUGGAGGUGGAUGAGGAAGAGGGUGCUCCUGAAAGUGAAGAAGCAUCUAUGUACGGUCGAUGCUCCUUCAACCGUUUAAUGAGGAUUUGCAAGAACACGAACUGGAGCAGAAAGAUGUGA